AUGAACAAUAAGCCUAAAUACCGUUUUCUCAUAUCAAGUAUUGAUGCAUUUGGCCACAUAAACUGUGCUUUAGCCAUCGGUGAGAUUUUGGCUUCAAAUGGACACGAAGUGACUUUUGCUAAUCAUGCUAAGCACAAGAGUCUUGCGGAUAGACGAGACUUUAAGUUUAUUCCUUUCGAUGAACAUCAUUUUAAAUAUUUAAAUCCAGUAGUUAAAUGGAUCAAUGGACUAUUGCAUAGAUUUCGAAGUGAUGCAUUAUCCAUCUUUAAUAAUUGGACUCAUGAUGAGAUAGAUUUUUUCGGAUCAAUCGUCGAGCACUGUGAUGCUAAGAAUCGCGCAUUGGAACAGGUUUUAAAGGAAAAUGAAGACAAUUUCGACAUGUUUAUUGGUGAUUUCAUGUCAGUCUAUCCAGCCUUUUACCGAACAACUUUACCUUGGGCCUUGGUUCACUCGUCUAACCCAAUUUGCCUUUAUCCUGAAGGACCACCAGCAUGGUCAGGUUUCUCUGUGAAAGAAAAAGAACCAGAAAAAUGGGAAAAAUUUAGAGCUUUGUUUGGUGAAGCUUCGUCAGUUUUGCGAGAAAAAAUGUAUUCUUGGUGGAAAUCUUAUGAGGUACCUUACCCUAAUAUCAAAGAUUCAAGGAUUGAAAACUGGUGGUACAGUGAACCUGAGCAACUUGGUAUUUAUCACUAUCCUGAGCUUUUAGAUUAUCAUGAAGUUGGUCCAAUAAGGUCAGAUAAAUGGGUUCGUUUGGAUUGUGCUAUUCGUAAACCAGAUAAUGUAGAACCGUUUAUUAUUCCUGAAUCACUCAAGUCUUUGCCAGGGAAAUUGAUUUAUUUCUCACUUGGAUCACUAGGGUCAGCUCAAGUAGAUUUGAUGAAGACUUUCAUUAAAAUCUUGUCAAAGUGUCCUCAUCGUUUUAUCGUCUCUAAAGGUCCUAAAGGAGAUCAACUUGAAUUGGGGCCAAACAUGUGGGGCGAAAAUUACGUCGAUCAAAUUUCUGUCCUGGAAGUUGUCGAUUUGGUUAUAACUCAUGGUGGUAACAAUACAUUUCUGGAGACAAUUUAUGCUGCAAAACCUUUGAUUGUGAUUCCUUUCUUCAUGGAUCAACUUGAUAAUGCUCAAAGAGCUGUUGAUUGUGGAAUUGGUUCUCGAAUCAAUCUCCAUGAGCUUGAUGAAACAAAGGUGUUACAAACCAUCGAGCAAACAUUAUCAAAUCCAUCGUAUGUUGAGAAAAUAGUCAAAAUAUCUGACUCUAUGAAAUCAACAAAAAGCCGAGAAAAUUUAGUCAAAAAAAUCGAGACUUUCCUCGAAAAUCAUCAAAAAAAUGUAAUAAAGUCUAAUGUAUUAUAUCAUCUAAAAGGUUAA